AUGGGCAGAAAUAGCCGCAAUUCUUAUUUAAACACUCGGUAUACCAACGUGUUGCUCAGACAAGACGAUACGGUAGCGGAAUUGAAAAAAAAACGAGGAUGGUUCGGAACAAGGCACAUGGUCACCUUCAUGCUGUUCCUCGGCAUGGCGAACGCCUACAUAAUGCGCACCAACAUGUCAGUAGCCAUCGUCGCCAUGGUCAAUCACACGGCCCUGGGCGGUUCCUCGCACGAUACAUCCCUUUCGGUCGACGAUGAGUGCGGAGUCAUCGCCGAAAACACCACCAACGAAGGCCCUACGGGGAAAUCCGAGCUGGACGGGGAAUACCCGUGGCCCACGGACAUCCAAGGCUACGUGCUGAGCUCGUUCUUCUACGGCUACGUGAUCACGCAAAUACCGUUCGGCAUACUGGCCAAGCGCUACGGGAACAUCUACUUCCUGGGCGUCGGGAUGCUGAUCAAUUCGCUGUUCGGGCUGCUGGUGCCCGUCUCCGCGAGAAUGGGCAUCUGGUGGCUGAUCGCCGUCCGGUUCAUACAAGGGCUAGGCGAGGGUCCUAUUGUCCCGUGUACGCACGCUCUCCUGGCUAAGUGGAUACCGCCGAACGAGAGAAGCAGAAUGGGAGCAUUCGUUUACGCAGGGGCGCAAUUCGGAACUGUGAUAUCGAUGCCGUUGAGCGGUUUAUUAUCGGAAUGCAGAUUCGGGUGGCCUUCGAUAUUCUACGUGUUCGGUACGGUGGGCACCAUUUGGUGUGUAUUCUUCUUGUUGAUGGUGCGCGAGGAUCCGCAAAGCGAUCGCAAAAUAAACGUGGAAGAACGGUUGUACAUACAGAAAGAGUUGGGGAGUAAAGCGGGCUUGCCGAUUCCGCCGAUACCGUGGACGUCUAUAUUGAAAUCGUUGCCGUUUUACGCGAUUUUACUGGCCCAUAUGGGGCACAAUUAUGGGUACGAGACGCUUAUGACGGAGCUGCCGACUUACAUGAAGCAAGUGCAUCAUUUCAGUAUUAAAGAUAACGGCGUAUUGUCGGCUCUUCCGUACUUGGCCAUGUGGAUUUUCUCAAUUUUCAUAAGCCACGUCGCAGAUUAUCUACUUACCAAACCGUACUUUACCCACACAAUCGUACGAAAACUAAUAAACGCCAUUGGUCAAUACGGCCCCGCCAUAGCUUUGGUAGCCGUAGCAUUCACGGGUUGCGACAGGUGGUUAACAGUGGGGAUUCUCACGGUAGGAGUCGGUUUGAACGGCGGAAUUUACUCGGGCUUCAAAGUGAACCAUUUGGAUAUAUCACCGCAAUACGCCGGCAUUUUGAUGUCGUUCACCAAUUGCAUGGCGAAUUUGGCGGGAUUGUUGGCGCCCAUUUACGCCGGACACGUCGUCGUGGGGACGCCGAGCAUCGCUAAAUGGAGGACCGUUUUCAUAACGGCUGCCAGCGUGUACGCGUGUUGUUGCACGUUUUUCGUGUUCUUCGCUUCCGGGGAACGCCAGGCUUGGGACCAACCGCCCGACGAGGCCAUAUCGAAGAGGGAGAACGAUCGGCCCGAGGUUAUCACGACGCCGGCUUGA